GUGGGGGCGGUGCACGCACAUGUGCGCUCACGGCUGCUUUCGUGGCCAGUAGAGUUCAACUCAGAUAUUUAAAAAACAACAGUAUCUUGGGCUUGCAUGAGUACUCAUUCGUCAUUUUUUAAAGAUAUUUUGAACUGGUUCGUAGAAAUGAUUUUUUCACACAUUUUAGUGGUUUAUGAAUACCCGGUACUUGAAUAGCCUAUAUAUAUAUAAAGUGAAAUGAAAGAAAAAUAAAAUGAUUCUAUGUUUAAAUUAUUUAAUUUUUACUUUGUCAUUUUAAAACUGACUGAACUUUAACAUAAAUGUGUUGUGAGGAAUGGAAUCUAGUUUCUGUUUGGAUAUGUGUGUGUGAUGUGCUCUAUUUUGGUGUAAAGGAGUGAUGACAUUAAACACUCCAUUGUGGAAAAAUUCAUGGUUCACUUUCAGGGUUUUUCCACUUUUUCCACAAUAGAAAACAUACGCAUGUAUUUAAAAAGUGUAUACAGGAUACCGGUACUUGAUUACAUACCGGUACUUGAUUACAUACCGGUACUUGAUUACAUACCGGUACUUGAUUACAUACCGGUACUUGAUGACAUCUCAGUGAUAAAACCCCUCUUACUUUUAAUGGGGAAACACGUAACGUUUUUUUCUCUUUCUUUUCUGUUUGACGUAGAGUACUAUGUCUUUUUUUUCCCGACCAAUUUGUGAAUAUGUUGUUUCAAAAUGAUAUAGAGAACUAAGAAAUGUUUAUUUUGUACCUCCUAUCAAACUCUAGGCCCGUCUUCGCUUAAAUCAUGACGUUAAUUGAAUGGUGUGUGUGUGUGGGGGGGUUGUUUUAGAAAUAAACAAGAAUAUAGUAGGCCUAUACCUUUCUAAAUGGUUUGACAGUGCUUAAGGAAUGGUCCCCGAGUACGUGGUCCGUGUUUCAACCCUUGUGGUGACGCUCCUCGCCCUAACGGCAGCCGUGGAAAAUGAGCAGUCCGGCAGAGCGGAGGAUUUCGAUAUCAAGCAGGUGGACAAGAAAAAAAUAUACGGUGGGAAGGAGAUUGCGCCACCCCCAGAGACGUGAGUAGAGAUUGUCCACUUACAAUGACAAUGAUAGCCGGAGUAUGUUUUCAUUUUUUUAAAAUUACUAUUUUUUUUUAACUAACAAAAAAAGGAAUGGAACAUCAAAUGGCAUAAAAUUAUUCAAGCGUAAAAAAUACAAAUCUUCAUCAAAUGAUCUAAAUGCGUUGAUAUGUUUAGGAAAUAUUAUCAUUUGAAAAAACGUUUGUCGUUUUAACGUGACGCUCAGAAUUCAUUCUUCAUUUAUCGGCCCCAGUGGCGUACCUUGACUAAAUGGCACCCUGUGGCGAACUACUAACGCACAGUAUUUAUAUGUUUUUGUUUUUUUUUUAAACCCAAAAGAGCCGCCCGGGAUGGACGUCCCGUUGUCUCUCCCCAAAGUACGCCGAUGAUUACACGUGCUAGUACGGACAUAGGACGCUUUAAUAAAUCACCCCACAUCAAAAAUAUUAUUUAUUAUUUUUUUGAAGGUGCAUCUGCGAGAGAAAAUAUAGAGUGAAAAAAUACGAAAUGCCCCAAAAUGAGAUCGAAUAAGUUAAUCUUUGCAAAAAAAAAUAAAUAAUGCGAAAUGUUUAUUAUAACCAGAAAAUAAACUAUUUCUUAUGACCUACAUUCACCAUAAGUCAUACUUUACAUGUAAGGGACAGACACGUGUUUUAAAAUUGACAGUCUGAUAACUUUUGUUGUUUUGUGUAUAAAGAGGCUUAAUUACACCCACGAUGAAAAUUCAACGUGAAUAUUUCCUUAAUAUUUCCUUACUGUUUCCUUACUGUUUACUUUAGCAUUCUGUCCAGUGUGAGCUUUAAAUACCUUACAUUACUUUAUAACAAACAAUACGCUACAUUACCAAAUUAUUUCUGGACGUUGUCCUUAAAGUUGAUUGCAGGCUGUAUAUAAAUCUAUUCAGCAUUCUUUAAGUUUUGACAUUAUAAUUAUUAUUUGAUGUGAUCUUGUGCUGUUUAUAUAUAUAUAUAUAUAUAUAUAUAUAAAUAUAUAUUUGAUGUUGUCAGAUUAACUGUCACCGAGGAGGUAUGGAUGGACCUGAAGAUCAAAGAUUAUUACUUACAUUCCCAAAUUAUUUCUGUACGUUGUCCUUAUAGUUUAUUGCAGGCUGUAUAUAAAUCUAUUCAGCAUUCUUUAAGUUUUGACAUUAUAAUUAUUAUUUGAUGUGAUCUUGUGCUGUUUAUAUAUAUAUAUAUAUAUAUAUAUAUAUAAAUAUAUAUUUGAUGUUGUCAGAUUAACUGUCACCGAGGAGGUAUGGAUGGACCUGAAGAUCAAAGAUUAUUACGGUGAGGGCGAAGAUUACGUUGGCCGCGUGACCUUCGCUUGUUUUGGCAAGCUGACCCCCAUAACGUGCCUCAACUUCAUUUCACUGGCCAAAGGAUACAGGAGAGGCAGGGUAGGUUGGCAGUAAUCUGAAGAUCAGGGCCCUGCAGCCGUGCGCGGCAGGCGGAGGCUGCUGCUUAGAAGCUGCUCCCACAGUGAAGCUUGAACUUAGGAGCCCUCUUUGUUGUGAUCUAGAUUUAGGAGCGUGAAUGUUUGGUAGGAAAAGUUAGCAAACAGUAUAGGCCUAUAUAUUAAUGCACAUAUUUUGCAUGAAAAAUAGUUACGAUUUUCGGCGCCCUCUGAAGAUGGCGCACUGGGUGAGUGCCACCUUCACCCCCCCCCUUUUUUUCCCCCUUCACAUGGCCUUGUUCAUGAGUUAAACGCUGUUGGUGGCACAGAUAGUAGAACAAGGUAAGACUAUGUGGACAAUUGUCCUGUCUUUCGAUUCAAGCUUCCACAUACCUUGCUCUACUAUUUCCUUCACACAGCUUGAACGCGGCCCUUCAUUUGUUAUCCUUAAUUCUCUCGUGGUACAAACGCACUUUUUGUUCUGCGGACAUGAAGGUGAACUCCCCCCUCCCCCCUCCCCCCUCCAACUCAUCUCUCUCUCUCCCUCUGUCUAUUUAUAUAUAUUAUAUAUAUAUAUAUAUUUGAGCUUAAUGCCAGUGUGUUGUGACUGGUGUCUCUUCUAACACGAGGGGUAACACACUGUAGCAGAAUCAAUCGCGAAUCUUAAAAGAGUUGGUUAAACAUUGACUACAGCUGUGACUGCCAAGAUAUUGACAUGGAGGAGUACAGCGCUAUAACCAAGAACAUUCGCUACUUGAAAGUUGUCGUGUGGACCGCACUGUGUGGCACGUGUGCACCUCCCCCAACCCCACCCGCCCCUAACUUUAAACUUAAAAGUUCGCGUCCAGUUGCGUGAAGUUUCAUUGAAUGUGAUAAAGGCAGUCGGGGAAAAAAACUUAAAAAAACCACAACACUUUAAAAAAUACAAACAUUAAUUACACCUUAAAUUGGGUUAUAGUUAUAUAGGCCUAAUAUACAUUUUUGGUCCGGGAUUGGGGGUGGGGGGUGGGUUGUGAUCGUAAAUAUAUGUAACUGCACUGCGAUAAUAUUGGGGGACACGUGGGUCUUUUAAUCUAUCAAGAUAAUCUUCAUCAAUCAAUCUAAUGCUCUAGGUGUGUAUGGCGUAAUGGUGAGUUCAAUAGCUCGCAAAAUAAAAUUCCCGAUAACUGCGGCUAAAAAUACCGCAAGUGCGUACUAUUUUAUUAGACCUAUGUUUUAUGAAAAUGCUCAAUUAAAAUGUUGUGUAAUAAAUCUGCGGAUGUUAAAUGUGGGAAUAACUACUCUCGGGGGGUUGGGGGGGGGUGGGAUUUACUACUCUCAUAGAAAAGAGUUUUAGAAUGUUAAGAAUACUCUUUCACAUUAUUUAUGGAACAAUACAGAAACUAUCAAUCUAUCUCCCUAGAAAUGUAUGCAAUAUCACCGUGUAGGCUACCUGUCAUUAUAGACAUGAGUACAAGAGAAAAAAACUAUCGUUGACAUAUUUUUCAUUUAAAAAAUAUUAUUAAAACGUACCACGAACUAUGCACACACACACACACAACUAAAAAAAAAAAUAAAAAAAUUAUAAAGCCCCAAUUGUUUGGAAAAGAGGAGAAAAGAAAUGGGUUGCAUAAUAAAAGUCUUUCUUUAAACUUAAUGUUCUUAUUGCACCAAAGUAGGGAGUGAAAACAAUAAUCGGAGAAAUAAUGAGCGCCAUAGCUACUGCUAACUAAAAGUUUUCCUAACUGUUAGCUAUCUCCCUACUCCACAGAAUAUUUUGAACUACAAAGGAAGCAAAGUUCAGGCCAUUGUGCGGGAUUUCAUGAUUCAGCUAGGGGAGGUAACCACAAAAAGUACCAGUGGUGAGUACCGUUAUAAGAGAGCUGUAAAUUUAUCAAAUUAAAAAAAAAAAAAAAAAUUCCACUCAUUCGUUUGGAAGAAAUUGUACUCUGUUGUCUUUAGCAACUUAUUUGGUAGGGUUAAAAUUCAAAACCUGUGAUAAAUUCUCAUCUUUUAAAAUAUAUUUUGAAAUUUGAAUUUUACAAAUCAACUUCCAAUUUCGUAUAGAAUAUAGGCCAAUAUAGCCUAUAACGCAGUUUCACACUACCAUAUCAAUAUCAACUGUACAAAAAGUACAGUGUUAAAUGCUACACUAAAAUCACUGUUGCCAGGUGACAGUAUUUACGGAACCAGCUUUCAGGAUGAGAGUUUCGCCAUUAGUCACAGCAAUGCAGGUUGGAUUGGCAUGGCCAACUUUGGACCGGACACAAAUGGCUCUCAGUUCUACAUCCUUCUCCGGUCUGCCAGAUGGCUUGAUGGAAAACACGUUCUGUUUGGAAAAGUCAUUCGAGGAAUGGUAAGUAGUAAUUAUUGUAAUAUCCAAUUAGAUUGUUAAAUCAUUUAAACCCAAGCACUACUUAUAAAUUACUGGGAAAAAAACCCAAACUAAUUGGAUAUUUAAAUUGUUCCUAUAUUAAGCCAAGGCGAGGUCAGGAACAAGGAACGUUUUGUUAUAGGCCUACUUAUUUUUUAACUCUUAAAUCCAAAAAUGCCAAGAUUAUCAACAGUCUUAGAUUUGAUCAUAAGCGUCAGCUUAUAUUCCAGUUCUUCCAGUAAUAAUCAACACAUUUUGUAACAUGUGAUUCUAUAAAGCUCUUGUACAUUUUCGAGUCAAAUAAUUUCCAAUGAAGUCAGCCAUUUUCAUUAGUUAACAUCAGCCUUGCCAAACCGUUAAUGUUUCAGGAUGUUGUUGAGAAAAUAGGACAGGAGGAGACAGGCAAAGAUAACACCCCCUUACGAACGAUCACAAUCGAUAACAGUGGUGUGGUAGGGCUCAAGGCAUCAUAUCAACUGACAGCAGCACAGUUCAAUACAGAUGGCGAUAUUGACACUGAAAGUGUUAGACAAUGAAUGUUCAGAGAUUAUAAAUUGAAUUCAUUAACCAAGUUUUGUUACAUGUUUUGAGAGUCUUUUUUAAUGUGCUUUUUGUGUGAUUUUUAGAGCUGUGAAAGACAAUGAAAUUAGUAAUUAUUAUUUCAAGUAAAAAAGUAAUGCAAGAUGUGAAUUUAGGUUCUUCCCAUCAAAUGUGCAAUGUUUUAUUAUUAAAAAAAAAAAAUUGUAUCAGUAUUUUCAGUGUAACCCAGUCUUAUUCUAAUUUUUGUGUGUGUUAAUAUAGGUAGUUAAUAUAGGUAGUAAGUGUUUUAGAAUGGUAUUGAUUUAUUACAAUCAUCUACAGGUACUUAACACGGGUUAAUUUACAUUUUAAGACAACUUUAAUUUGUAAAAAAUAUUUGGUCUAUAAAGUUAAACAUGAUAUAACUUUAAUUAACUUGUUUGUAAUCAAAUCUUAUUUGAUGGAAAGUAGACAUUUUAACUGAAUAUUUGAUCAACCUUAAAUUACACUGAAAAUACAUGUUAACUUGGAAUAAAACUAUUCUAAAUUAGUGAGUUGGUCAUGGUUGUAUUGUUACACUGUAAAAAAAAAAGAUCACAAAAUGAAAUAUUUUCACAUCAUUUAAUCCAAUCCAUUUGUGAAUUCUAUAAUUAAAAAAAUGUCAUUUCCCU